UGGAUAAAUGCUUUCAUUGUUUCUGUGAUUUGCAUGGCCUGGAUCAAAAAGAACACCUUGAACUCUAAUGAGAAGAUCUUGCUGUUACUGGGAUCCUCCAGGUUUUGUUUUUUGUGCAUCUCAUGGGUAUAUUCCUUUCUUUCAAUAAUUUAUCCCCAUUUCCUUUAUGUUCACCCCACACUUCAACUAGUUGUAUCUAUUCAAAGCUUGUUAAAUUAUUCCAGCUUGUGGGUUUCAGCCUGUCUUUGUGCUUUUUAUUGUAUAAAAAUUGCCAAUUUCGGGAACAGCUUCUUCAUCUACCUGAAAGUAAAAAUUGACAGGAUGGUGCCCUGGCUCUUGUUGGGGUCAGUGCUUUUCUCCCUGGUUAUCGGAAUCAUUGUUUACUAUGUCAUUGAUAAAGCUUUCUGUAAAAACCUCAAUUUCAAUUGCCAAGGAUGUAUUUGGAAAGCAAGUAUCAGAAUAGAAGAACAUUUUUUCCCCAUUUAUUUUAUCAUUGGUUUUGGAUAUGCCAUUUCAUUCACAGCAGUCAUCUUUUCUGCCCUUCUCCUUCUCUUUUCUCUCUGGAGACACAAACGCAACAUGCAGACAAACUCCAUGAAGGACCUCAGCAUGGAUGCCCACAUCAAAGCCAUGAAAUCCAUUCUCUCCUUUUUAGUAAUGUACAGCAUCAACUUCGUGUUUUUGAUCUUGUCACUGAUUUAUUCAAUUAGAGGCAAAAAUCACACAUAUUUCUUUAUUUCUGUAUUUCUGUAUGCUUUUCCAGGUUUUCAUUCCAUUAUUUUGAUUUUCAGCAAUCCCAAAUUAGAAAAGACAUUGCUAAGGAGUGCCCUGUGUGAAUGCAAGGUUUGCAUGAAGCAGGAACUGUUGGAAGAGUCAUUAAAUCUCUUAUGCAAACACUCCAUGUUGUGUGGAAGGGAAAGAUAG